UUCAGAGGAAGCUGUGUGAUGGCGAGGCUCGGCGCUGGACGGUGAUGUGAGGACUGGACGUCGCAGGAGUGUGAGCCGCUCACCAGCUACAUCUUGGCGUCUCUCUCUCUCCGAGCCCCUGAACCAUGAAGCUGAACGAGAGGAGCGUGGUGCAGUACGCCACGUGUGGCACGCCCCCGGAUAAAUCGGGCUUCCUGAUGAAGAAGAGCGAGCGCAGCGGGGCCUUCCACCGGCGCUGGUGCGUCCUCAGAGCCAACCUGCUGUUCCUGUUCGAGGAGCGCGGGAGGCGUGAGCCGCUGGGCAUGGUGGUGCUGGAGGGCUGCACCGUGGAGCUGUGCGAGAGCGAGCGCGUCGACUUCGCCUUCGCCGUGCGCUUCGGGCACCACCGCACCCACACGCUGGCCGCCGACACCCAGCAGGACAUGGAGGAGUGGGCGAGGGCCCUGGCGCGCGCCAGCUUCCAGUACCUGCGCCUGGUGGUGCGGGAGCUGGAGAGGCAGCUGGAGGAGGCGCAGAGGAAGCACGAGGAGGGAGGAGGGGACGGGAUCCGACCUAAUCGCUCAUUACCCUGGGGGGGAGGAGGAGCAGAGGGGCGACCCUGCGACCUGCCCCCGGAUGAAGGACUCCAAGCACACGGAGUCCCGGGGAGGGAGAACGACGUCUCCUGGAACAGACCUUCGGGUUUAGCUAACGGAGUGGCCUGGGAGGGCGAGUGCGCAGGGAGGGGGCACGCCGUCCGUCCUCCCCCAGUACCGCCUCGCCGACGGAGCCCUCCAGAUCUGGGCACGGGGGUGAUGGGCGUGUCGCCCGGGACGACCUGCUUCUCCAGACUGCACGACUGGUACGGAAAGGAGGUGGCUGAGAUCCGGAAAGAGUGGCUGCAGAGUCAGUAACAGGAUCAAUCAUCGGUCCCACCAUACAUCAGCGUAUUUAUAAAGAACCAACACCAGCACUUCUGCUCUCUGUAGGUUCCAUUCUUCUAUAAAUAAACCUGAACAGAACUGAGUUCUGAGAGACGGCCAAAUUAUGAAAUCAUUCCAGCCGAGGGAGCAGAAGACCAGACCGAGCCUGAGGGAAAUUUGUGGUAGUGACCAAACCAGCAUGUUCAAACGCUGGAGCCAGUAUUGCUCAUGAAUGAGCCCCACACAUGGAUCCACACUGGUCCUGGUUCCUUAUUUUGGCCAUUCCUUACGUAUUCCUCUACCUUGGUUAAGCUUCCUGUGUGGUAUGGGGUUAUAUCACUAUUACGUGUUACUGCAGGUACGUUGCUUCACCUGGACCCGCCCUGUUACACCCGCCGUGUUUGAUCACGCUGAACACUAUUUUUCUCCGGCGCACUGUGGUCAGGACGGAGCUCAAAAACAGUUUAGGACCAAAUCAGAUGAUGACGUGCCGUAUAACCUAAACAGCAUCACUAAACAGGUUGCUAUAGUAACAAGCCAUCUUGCUCCUGCCAUCGUUUCUCCAUAUGAUCAGGUUUAUAGUGUGAUUGUAUAUCACUAUACGCUUCAUCUUCAGGUACCUGCAGGAACUCAGUCAGUGGAGGUUCUUCUUACCAUGCCAGUGUUUUUACUCUCCGGUUUGGUGCUUGGAUCUCGGUGCUUCACCUUCUUGCCUUUAUUUUACUGAGCUUUACAUUCACCACAUCCAUGUUAUGAUGAUUUAUUCUAAUGUUUCUGAUGUGUAGAGCUUUUAUAUACUGAGCUGAAUUUAGGAGCAAGGGCUCUGGGUACUCGGGGUGUUCUGGGUACCCUGUGUGUUCUGAUCUCCUCACAUUCUGCUCAUUUCUCUUGGUUAAGGUGCCGUAUCUUCAGGGCCUUCAUGCUCUGGAUGGUACUGAUGAUUUUCCACUGCACAGUAAAAACAGGAACUGCUUGGACUCAGGAUCUAGUGUUAUGGUUUGUGUGUUAUUCCACUUUUAUAUAUAAUUUUAACUGGGAGGAAGAGCUGGGAGUAUAAAUGAUCUACCAUUAGCUGGAACCGUGUGGAUCUCUUGUUCAGUUCUGUUAUUAGUCUGCAGUGGAAAUAAAGCAGCUCUUUUUAUUGGACAGCGGGUCGGACUGUGUGUGUGUUGGGCGCUGGUGUUACUGAGUGCUGAAGCUGGUCUUCUGCACGGUUCAGGUCCUGAGUAGCACGAUUACUCUCAUUUCACUCGCUCGUUAUUAUCUGAUGUCCGUUUGUCCUUGUUAUUCAGCACUAACCUCGUAUACAUGUGUGAUGUGUUAUAAAGAAUCCAGACAGCGGCUCUGCACACGAGCCAGCCAAUCUUUAAUAUACAGCAAUAUAUAUAUAUAUAUAUACAUAUAUAUACCCAAUUUACUGCAACCUGUAGCAGCUUUUUUGUUUACAUGUAUCCUAUUAUGCGGUUUGUAUAUCGACCAAAUGGAGCACAGAGGAGCUGAGGAUUGAAGCAUAACCCCCAACACGCCCUCCAACCUGAUCUCUGUUACAGAGCUAGAGAAUGAUCCUUUCACCCCAUCAAUGAAACAGCAUUAAUGUCCAAAUGUCCGACUAAGAACUGCACAAACCCGGAAGUUUGUUAUCACUGCACUCAGGUGUUGUGGGGUUCAUGCAUCCCAUUUUUUUCCAUUCAACAAAAUGACUUCAGUUUCUGUAAAGCUGCCCUUAGACUCCACAGUCUUCCAUAUAUCGGUUAUACAUGUGUUCAACCUACACAAAGCAUUAUGUCCUGUUCGUUUCCCCCCACUGGGGUGUCAGUUGUAUCAGAACCAUCCUCACCAUCACUGUGGUCCUUCCCUUACAGGUUUAUCACAAUCUGUAGGAGCCACGGUGCUCACGGUGAGUUCUGAGUGAAGAAUUUGCCUCCCACGUGAACUCUAGACGUGGUAAACAGCGAUCAGGUUGAAACAGUAGAGGAUUCCUAAUAAUUACUGUAUAAUAAGGUAUUAAUGCUGAAGAUCCCAGGAGGUGGAGCAGGAUCUCUCAGCCCUGUGUAUUUUCUACCCACUGUGUGUCCGUUCUGAACAUGAUUUUUAUAAAUAAAAGCUUUAUUUGAAUGUUUGAAGGUAAAUGAACUGACAUGUAGUGAGAACAUCUGUGUACAGCUGUUACUGCUCAUGUGUGGCACAGAAUCGGUACAGAAUUAUUACAUUUAAUAAAAAUACAUUGUGUUUUAA